AUGUCCGAAUCUGACCAGGAGCAAAGUUCACCUGAGCCACUUUCACCAAGAACCGCUGCUGUACGUGCUGGUUUGAGGAGGAAUUAUAGUUCUUCAAGCGCUGAUUCUAAAAGUUCCGAAUCUGAAGGUUCAAGCACGAUGGCAGAGAUUCCGAACAACAACAAUAAUGUUGAAGGAGGUGGUGCACUUGUUGUCCAACCUCAAAAACCCCUGCGUGAGUUUUCUAUUCCCAAAGUCAGCGAUCAACCUUUGUGCAUCGUCUAUCCUCAACUCACAGUUGACAGGUUUGAGCUUAAAAGUGGUAUGAUUCAUCUUCUUCCAACUUAUUAUGGUAAUACCACUGAGGAUCCUUACAUGCAUAUUAAGCAAUUUUUUGAAAUAUGUGCUGCGAUCAAAAUUCAUGGCCUUGAUGAUGAGCAGAUUAAGAUGAGGCUACUCCCAUUCAGUUUAAAAGAUAAGGCUAAGUCUUGGUUAUACUCUUUGCCUGAUGCUUCAAUUCGUACUUGGUAUGAGCUUUCUAAUAAGUUUUUGCAGAAAUUCUUUCCGGCUCAAAAGACUAACAAGAUUCAAAAGGAAAUCCUUGGUUUCACACAAAAGGAAGGAGAAGCUUUUCAUGAAUGUUGGGAGAGGUACAAGGAGAUGAUAAGUUCUUGCCCACACCACAACAUAGAGAGUUGGAUGCAAAUGCAAUCUUUCUAUGAAGGUUUGCUUGAUUCCGAAAGGAUGAUGGCAGUGACUGGCCCUCUAGGAAACAAAGUAGAAGUUCAAGACCAAUCUUUUGCAGAGCACAUGCUAGAACAAGCAAAUGCCCUUCAAGCAAGGAAUCCUAAUAAUGAUCCUUACUCAAACACGUACAAUCCGGGGUGGAGAAAUCAUCCUAAUUUCAAGUGGAGCAAUAACUCAAAUGUGCAACAAUCUCAAGGACCUCCCCCAGGAUUUCAAAUACAACAAAGGCAAUUCCAGCAUGCUCCCCAACAAGUGCAAGAGCAAAGGGGUGAUCAAAUGGGAGAAUUGCAAGACAUGUUCAAGAAGUACAUGGGGAUUGCAUCCUCCAUGAGCAAUAGAGCAUCCGGAACUUUCCCAAGCCAAACAGAGGUGAAUCCAAGGCAUCAAGAGCAUGCUAAAGCAAUACACAUCUUAAGAAGUGGUAAACAAGUUGAUAACAAGGUUGGAGAUGUCAACGAAGAGCAAGAAGAUGGAGAAAACGUGGAGAUCAUUCAGCCACCACAUGGGCAGCCCACAGCUUCCAACAAACAGCCCCUCAAUGCUCCAGGAAAGAGCACAGGCCCUAAGGUAUCAUCUAAUGCUAAUCAAGUUCCAAUUUCAACUAAUGCUUUUAGGCCUAUUGCACCCUUUCCCAGCAGGUUAUCAAAGUCAAAGAAAGAUCAAGACUUGGAUGAGAUAAUGGAAACAUCCAAGAAGGUGCAAAUCAACAUCCCAUUGCUCAAUGCCAUUGCUCAGAUUCCAAAGUAUGCAAAAUUUUUGAAGGAUCUAUGCACUAACAAGAGGAGAUUCAAAGAGCAUGAACAAGUUGCAUUGAGUGAAGAGGUAAGUGCAGUGUUACAAAGAAAGCUACCUCCAAAGCUAAAGGAUCCAGGUUCAUUUUCUAUACCUUGUAUAGUUGGUGAUUUUAAGUUUCAAAAAGCUUUGCUUGAUCUUGGUGCUUCUAUAAACCUUAUGCCAUAUCAUGUUUAUGAAAAACUUAACCUUGGUGAGUUGCAAGCCACAUCUGUGAGCAUUCAAUUGGCAGAUAGAACUAUUAGGUACCCUAAAGGCAUUCUAGAAGAUGUUUUGGUGAAAGUGGAAGAGCUAAUUUUGCCAGCAGAUUUCUUGGUGUUGGAAAUGGAAGAAGCACCAAUUCAUGACAAUCAGUUACCACUCAUUCUAGGUCGGCCAUUCAUGGCAACUGCCGGUGCUAUUAUUGAUGUGAAGAAGGGUACAUUGACCAUGAACGUGUUUGAUGAGACAAUAGCAUUCAAAGUUAAAUAUGCUUAUUUAGGUGAAAAUGAGACUCUACCUGUUAUCAUUGCCUCACACCUCGAACCAAAUGAUGAGAAGAAGCUUUUGAGAGUUCUAAAAGAGCACAAAACCUCAAUUGGGUGGAGCAUUGCAGAUAUCAAAGGCAUAAGCCCAACACUGUGCAUGCACAAGAUAUUAUUGGAAGACAACGCAAUGCCUAAGAGGGAUGCCCAAAGACGUCCUAAUCCAAACAUGAAGGAGUUGGUAAGGAAAGAGGUAAUGAAGCUUUUAGAUAUUGGUAUUAUUUACCUUAUAUCUGAUAGUAAAUGGGUGAGCCCAGUGCAAGUUGUCCCCAAGAAGUCAAGUAUCACAGUGGUGAAGAAUGAAGCAAACGAGCUUGUACCUACACGGGUGACCACGGGAAUCGAGGUAGAUAAAGCUAAGAUUGAUUUGAUUGCCUCUAUGCCCUCACCUACUUCUGUCAAAGAAGUGCGUUCUUUCCUUGGCCAUGCAGGUUUCUAUAGCCGUUUCAUUAAGGAAUUUUCUAAGAUUGCGAGGCCUUUUUAUGCCGUUGGAGCUGUUUUGGGACAGCGAGUUGAUAAGAAGCCACAUGCCAUCUACUAUGCUAGUAGAACCCUCAACGAUGCCCAACUUAACUAUUCCACAACAGAGAAGGAGUUAUUAGCUGUCAUAUUUGCUUUAAAGAAGUUCAGAUCAUAUUUGAUUACUAACAAGGUUAUUGUUUACACUGAUCAUGCAGCAUUAAAAUACUUGUUAGCCAAGAAGGAUGCCAAGCCACGACUCAUUAGAUGGAUUCUCUUGUUGCAAGAGUUUGACUUGGAGAUAAAAGAUAAGAAAGGAAGUGAGAAUGUCGUGGCUGAUCACUUGAGUAGAUUGGUACAUGUAUCUAACGAAGAGGAGGAUUCAUUGCCAUUGCGUGAAAGCUUCCCUGAUGAGCAACUCUUCUCCAUUUGUGCUUUGAAUUCCCUCAAUCCAUUGCCUUGGUUUGCUGAUAUUUUUAACUAUUUGUGCACUAAUGAACUCCUUACAGGGUUAUCUACAUUCCAACGUGACAAGCUUAGGAAGCAAGCAAGAUACUACUUUUGGGAUGAUCCAUAUCUAUUCAAGCAUUACCCAGACCAAGUAAUUCGAAGGUGUGUGCCUGAAGGUGAUUUUAAGAGCAUUCUAGAGUUUUGUCACUCCCAUGCAUGCGGAGGCCAUUUUGGAGCAAAGAAGACUGCCAGCAAAGUGCUACAAUCAGGUUUCUUUUGGUCUACCUUUUUUAAGGAUGCGUAUGUUUUUUGUGCUUCAUGUGAUAGAUGCCAACGGAUGGGUAAUUUACAUGCUAGAAAUUAGGUGCCUCUCACCAAUAUCCUAAUCAUUGAAAUAUUUGAUGUUUGGGGAAUUGAUUUCAUGGGCCCUUUUCCCACCUCUUAUGGAUUUGAAUAUAUAUUAGUUGCUGUCGAUUAUGUUUCUAAAUGGGUAGAAGCCAUUGCCACUAGAAUUAAUGAUGCUAAGAUUGUGAUCGGUUUUCUCAAAGGAAAUAUUUUUACAAGGUUUGGCACACCUAGAGCAAUCAUUAGUGAUGGUAGCUCCUACUUUGUUAACCAAGCUUUUGCAGCACUCUUGAAGAAAUAUGGAAUCACGCAUAAGGUGGCAACACCCUAUCAUCCCCAAACUAGUGAGCAGGUUGAGAUAAGCAAUAGGGAGAUUAAGCACAUACUUGAAAAGACAGUGAACACCACAAGGAAGGAUUGGUCCAUGCGUUUGGAUGAUGCACUGUGGGCUUAUAGGACUGCUUAUAAGACUCCUAUAGGUAUGUCUCCGUAUAGGCUUCUUUUUGGUAAACCUUGUCACUUACCAGUGGAGCUUGAGCACAGGGCUUAUUGGGCAAUCAAGGCCUUCAAUUUUGAUAUGAAAGCUGCUGGUGAGAAGAGGAGGCUUCAACUCAAUGAGUUGGAGGAGUUGCGACAUGAAGCGUAUGAGAACGCUAAGCUUUACAAGGAGAAAACAAAGCAAUAUCAUGACAAGAAAAUUCUUAGGAAGACGUUUGAGAAAGGGCAGAAGGUUCUCCUAUUCAAUUCACGCCUUAAGCUCUUCCCAGGUAAGCUUCGUUCUCGGUGGAUUGGCCCUUUUGUUAUUACUAAUGUGUUUGAUCAUGGCGCAGUGGAGAUUCAAAAUAUUAAGGAUGGCAGCACCUUCAAGGUGAGCGGACAUCGGUUGAAACCUUACUUUGAUGCCAAUAUUGAGUCUGAAGCACUCAAGGAGCCUCCACCACUCUCUUGUUGCUCACCAGAGUUUGGACGUCCGGCUGAAGACAUACAACUUAACGCUUCUUAG